CUGAGAAGGCAAUGUUCCUCUUGAGGUUUGAGACUUCCUUUUGUUGUAUUUAUACAUUGAGUGCUUGAGUUGUGUGUUACAGAGACCACGCCAGGGCUGCCAGUAACAAUUUAAACAAAGGAGUCCGAUCUCAGCAGUAAGAAGAAAAACCAGCCUUUGCUUGCAUAAUGAUUUCUAACCCGAGCACAAAUACCACCACUGGACAACCAAACCUCACAUCCAACAUGACUUCAAUAAAUUAUUUCACCAUUUCUCUCCAUGGACUCGUCUCUACAAUUGGCAUCCUGGAAAACCUUCUAAUCCUUGGAGUGGUGGGGUUCUGUGUUAAGCGUUCUGUUAUCAGCAUCUGGAUCCUGAACCUUGCAGCCUCUGAUCUGUUGGCCACGGCUUCCCUGCCCUUCUUUACCCUCUACAUGGCCCGUGGUAACACCUGGACAUUGGGUACAACCUUCUGCCGCAUCCAUUCCUCCAUUUUUUUUCUCAACAUGUUUGUGAGUGCCUUCCUCUUGGCAGCCAUUUCUUUGGACCGCUGCCUGGUGGUGCUAAAACCUGUCUGGGCCCAGAACCACAGAAGCAUCAAACUAGUGGGGAAGAUAUGUGGAGGAAUUUGGGCCUUCGCUGUAAUCUGCAUUAUCCCCUUUUACAUGUUCCGUGACACAAUUCCCAUAGAAACAGGCCAGAUUCUCUGUUACUACAAUUAUUAUAAAUUUCUCCCUAGUGGGCAAUACGAUCAGGAAGCUUUGGUCAAACAGCGGAAAGAGGGUUUGGCUUUUAUGAAGUUCUUUCUAGCCUUCCUGAUUCCUCUCCUUAUCAUCAUCUGUAGCUAUGCAGCUGUGAAUGUCAACUUGGCACGCAGAGGCUGUCGGAGGCCUUUCCAUUUUGUUCGACUGGUAAUAGCUGUAGUUGUGACCUUUUUUCUCUGCUGGGCUCCAUACCACAUCUUCAUCAUCAUGGAGGUAAUGACCCCCAGUGAAAAUCCUGCACAUAAGUUUGCAACCAAGAGUCUUCCAAUUUCAGCAACUAUUGGCUUCCUUAACAGUGUCCUCAACCCCAUCCUGUAUGUGUUCAGCUGCCCUAACUUGUGCCAUAAGAUCAGACACUCUCUUGGGGCAGUGAUGGAAAGUGUACUGGCUGAAGAUCUGGUAGAGCUAGCCAGGCGUCGCAGCACUAUGCGAAGCUCCAUCAGCACUUCCGAGUUUGCAAUGAAGCCGAAGCGAUCCAUUCCAACUUCCACCUCUCUAAAUACGGAGUAGCAGGCUGAAAAUCUCAUUAACAUGAACUGAAAGAACUUAUUUAUAUCCAUAGUGUAGCAAUAGUGUAGCUGGUAUGUGAAGAAAACUUGAUUUGUCCUCUGUCAUUUUGCUGUAUCUUGCUAUGUGAUAAUGUGACAAGAAACUCCAUUUCCCCGAUAUGCUCCACUUAGAAUUUAAAGUUGAUGUUUUUUUCUAGGGCCUGUUCUUGUCCCCUCUUCCCUUUUUUAUGUUAAUGUUUAUAAGUUGAUUUUAAACUACUUUAGAUGUGUUUCAGAGUCAUUCCUUCUUCUGGUAAGCUUUACAUUUGGGAUUUUUUCUCUUGUUUGUUUGUGCUGGUCACACUCUCAGAUGAGCAUUACCAGAAAAAGAAGCUUUGUUUUAAGAGUUUAGGCUCUUUAAAAGCCUUACCUCUUCUACAGUGUGCUUGAUUAACAUAUUUUCCUGCAUGAAUUGUUUUAUUUUCAACAAAGCAGCUAGAGCAGCCUAAACCAUACUGUAUAUAACGAACAUUUUACUGUGGUAGUGCUAAAGAUCAAACAGCAUUAAGGGUGGAACAUACAUUGAUUUCAGUUUCAUACUUGGCAAGAUGAGCUGUAGGUCUCAGAUGAAGGAUGUUUCUCAUGCUAGAUAUUAUCAGGAGGUGCAGGUGCUGACACAAGCAACAUUUUUACAGGUACAAAGUUCUCUUAUGUAAAUGAAUGUACUCAUAAAGCUUUGUGUAUAUGAUAUUACUCAAAAUAGGCAUUGUGCAUUAGUUUUAUUUCAUUCAAGUGCUAUCUUUUAAUAAAAUAAUAAAAAAAAUCUAUAGAAAAAAAUUCUGAUGUUGCAAUGUCACAUGUGUCUUGCAGUCAUUUCACCAAAGUGAAACUUGUGUUUCUACAGAUAUUCACACCACAAUUUCCUAAAUGACUGACAGGAAAGAAGUGUUUGAAAAAAUGUCAAUCGUUGUAAACA